AUGCACGUGAUCGUGCUAAAGUACGUCCAGGUCCUGUGCAUUACGAUAUUUUUCUCCAACAACAUCAACUGCGAUAAGCUACUGCUGCACAAUGAGCGGGAAGACCAGGACCUGUACCGAAUCGGUGCAUGCACUGCCGCCUGCAUGACGGGCGCAAUCGAUGCGCAGGCGGAACCUGGCCUUGUGCCUUCCUCGGACACACCAUCCGAUCUGAAGGGUCUCGUCCGAUGCUACCGACUGUGUUCCGAGGACAGCCGUCCCCUGUCCGCCUGGAGACCGCUGGUGCAGCGCCGCGACCCAUCGUUACGCAUCCGUCUUAUUUGCCGCGACAACAACAACCUCAUCAUCCAAGUGGCGGAGCACGAUGCUGCUCGCGAGGCCACGGCUACCCGCCCACCACACUUGUACGGCAAAAGCGGUCUGCCGGCGAAGGUCGAGGCCAGCGAGAACCAAUUAAAUGCACUUCCGAGUAACUUUGGCGUGAGUGAAAGUGGGGCGAAGCAGGCCGUGACACAGUCAGGAUAUCAAACGCAGUAUGCACGCAGUAGGCGUGCAAUAGGAGCCAGCAGCAGCAACCAUCGGAAGUCGGGAUUAGUGCCGGACCGGGAAGCGGAAACCGAUACCGGGCAGAGUGCUGGCGAUCUGGCGCACCGUAGAUCCAUGGCCCAUCCGAUCUAUCUGGUGAAGGUACAGGCAAGCGGCGAAGAGCUUGGCGACCGGAUUGUCUACAUGAGCAACGCAUCGUUGGUGAAAAUCGAAAAUCUCAGCCCCAACAAGCGGUACAACGUGACCGCCACGAUGCUGACCUCCGAGUACGAGUAUUUCUACGCUGAGAAGGAACAAUUUCGCACACUGCCCCUGGACUACCAGCCGGGGACGAUCAUCGACAUGAAGGUGGAGCAGUUUGUAACGAAUGCCGAAAAUAAUCGUCUCGUCGAUGCCGUAAUUUCCUGGAUUCCGGCCAAGGAUAAAACGUGUCAUUACGAGAUCCUGUACCACGCGACACACUCGACGGGAUUUCACCAUCAAGCAGUGGACGUCCAGCAGCCAGAAGUCCUGUACCGAUACACGAUGGAAGCGCUGGAGCUAAACUCCAACUACAUGGUGGCGAUUCGGUCGAAAAACACCCAGAACAUGUUGCGCGAAAGUCAACUCCACUGGCAGUCUUUCUAUACGCCCAACUGUGCCAAGCAGACCAACGGUUCCCAAAUCUGCGCACCCGAACCGAUAGAGAAUAUCCGGGUGGUGGAAAAACUGCUCUCUGACGAUCACUACAAGGUCAACAUCAGCUGGGAUCGUCCAGAAAUCAUUCCUGACUACUACAUCGUGCGGUUGUUUGAUUUGCACGGAUCACCGAACGAAGAAACCGCGAAUUCCAUCUCAAAAAACGUGUCGGGGGAGGCAGUAGGGUUGGUGAUUGAUUCGUUCGAAAUGUUUGGACCACACUUCGAGGUGCUGAUAGCGGCGUACUCCAGUGGGGGCAUUUCGAAGGAGAAUGUCAUUAAAACCCUUUCCAUUGGGCGUGUCACUCCCGCAGAUACCUGGAUCUGGACAAAGCUCGUUUUCAUCAUCCUGUCUCCGGUGCUGCUGAUCGGGCUGCUAAAAAUAUCUGUGUCACUCGUUUGCCGCAGAAGAGCAAAGCUGAAGAGAAACGUGGAACGAUGCGAGUAUUUCAAGGAACUGGAGCAGAAAGCGCCCGUUGAUCCGAGCACCGAGUUUGAAACGAAAACGAAAAACCUACAAGAACUGCUCGCAUCAAGCCCGUUUCCUCCGGAACUAACGGUACCGAUCAACGAUGAGUUGGAGAUCGACGGCGAUCACCUAAUGCUGCACGAUCUCCUCGGUGAGGGAGCGUUUGGUUUGGUGCGAAAGGGUGUCCUGCAUCCUCCCGAACACACUCCACUUCCAGUGGCUGUGAAAAUGCUGAAAGACUGCCCUCGGGUGGAAGACAUAAUCGAGUUUCGGCGGGAAAUGGAAGUGAUGAAAUCGGUUGGCACUCAUCCUCACAUCGUCAGCAUUGUCGGUCACUGUACGAAGAAUGUCCGCAAGAUGAUGCUGCUGACGGAGUACUGUGGCCACGGAAAUCUGCUCAACUAUCUACGUACGCAGUGGCAACGACUACAGAAGCAGAACCGUGCCAACCGUACGGUGCCUCCGAGUCGUUCACCAGAUACUGGGGCCACCGACAAGGAUGAGGCAGACGGCGAUAUUGAAUCUGGCCACACCGACGUCCGAACGGUGCCAUCGGCGUCCGAAUGCUUAACACCAGCGCUCUCCAGUGACAAAAUGCCGGAAAAUGUUUUCAACUUUGACACCUCGUUCGUAAACGAUAAGAAGUCCUUCACGUACAAGAACUUUAGCGACCAGAAGCAGCAGCAGCUGCUGCAGGAUGGUCAGCGGCCUGUCCGAGCACCGCAAAUCAUCGAAAACAAACUGUACACCCUUUUCAACGAUGAAGGUGAUAGUAGCACGACUGGCGAUCACGAGCGGAAGCUGGGGACCUGCACCAAUGCCUGCAAGAAUGUAGUGGAAAUAGUGGACGAAGAACAUUCGUGUGCGACGCAACCGGAAGAGCGCGAGGGAUCGAUGAAGGGGAAUAUUAAAAUUAAACCUUGCAGUUGCCCACACAACACGGUGGACGGGGAGUUGACCCAGAACUCGGUGGAGAAUCGUUGCUAUCACCGAUGUCCCGAGGACAGCGAGAAUCUGGAGUCGGCGGAGGAACUUGAUAAGCCCCACAGGCCGAACAGUGACCAGCUGCUGGAAUUUUCGCGUCAAAUCGCUCUCGGAAUGGAGUAUCUUGCACGCAACAAGGUCGUCCACCGGGAUCUGGCCGCAAGGAACGUGCUCGUUUGCAGCACUGAUACGGUGAAAAUAGCCGAUUUUGGACUGAGCCGCGAUAUCUACCAGGAAAACCUGUACCGCAAGACAAGUAACGGCAAGCUGCCGAUCAAGUGGCUAGCGUUGGAAUCGAUGACCCACCAGGUGUACACGUCGCAGAGUGACGUCUGGUCGUACGGGAUACUGCUGUACGAGAUUUGCACCCUCGGCGGAAGUCCUUACCCGUCAAUAUCGACCAGCAAGCUGUUACGUUACCUCGAAAGUGGCUAUCGGAUGGAGCGACCGAAGAGCUGCAGUGAGGAACUCUACGCACUGAUGUACUCGUGCUGGAAUUUGCAUCCCGGCGAACGGCCAACAUUUACCAAAAUCGUGCACACGGUCGAGCAACUUCAGGAGCGGACAGUCGCUGGAGAAACGAGCACACCCACCAUCGAUCUGAAUGCAGUUGUGGACAGCCAUUGUUCAAAAAGUUGCACCGAGGAAAACUCCUACUUAAAACCGGUCGAGUAUUAGAGUGGAACGCGGCAGGUGG